CAGUGUUGCUGUACAGCAUUUACUACACCUUCAACCUAUCAUUCAAUCAAUCUGGAUCUACACUUACAGCAAGAAUGCCAUUGAGAUCGAUUAGCAACCAUACCUUUCAGCUUCUCGAAUCAUGUCUUUGAUAAAGUAUUUGUUUCUUUCAUUAUUUAGGUCAAAAGUCCUACACAAUGGAUAUUAAUUGGCUGAAGCUCGCACUUAUUGUUUGCUGCAGUUGUGCGAUUCUCCCAUUUGUUCUCCCGCAAGAAGGCUCAAAUCCGUUUCGCUGGUUUCCGCCAGACAAUUUUGACGUUAUCUCUCGUAAGAUGGACCAAGCGAACCCAGAGAAUUGUGUCACCAUGUCCGAAAGUGAUUUACGCCUCCCACCGACUGCUUUGAGUCAACUUCCCCGUUAUAACCAUAUUCUACUUCAACAGUGGUUUGCCAAUCGUUCCAAGUUGCUCCACCUCCACAACCUGGCGUUGAAUCGAGCUUUCUUCUACAGUUACAUCUAUCAGCGCCUUGAUGGACCAGUCGCUGAUCCACCAUUCCUACCGUCCUUGAUGUACUAUUAUUUUUCUGCUGCAGCAGACGUGUCCGCUGGUCCGAACGUGAUGAACGCUAGUGCCGUUCUAAUGGACACGAAUACGACCUAUGCAAACUGGUACGGGCUGAAAGUGAUCAAUCACACGCUCCCAUUGUUCGGGCCGAUUGCCAGGCGUUUGGAUAACUGGAAUGAUGAAAUGAAUUUUUUGCGCAUACCCUCCAAUAAUACGAUUGAAAUUACUGAUUUGGGUGCUGGACCAAAUAGCAACUACACCGCUCCAUGGUACAAAAACAACCCAUACAUACGUGAUCGUGAAAUGGGUAUCAACUUCAUUCCGGAUGAUCGAGGUACAGCACCGAGCAAAAAUCAAUACACCACGAAAAUACAGCUGGCCGAUAUAACUGGUGAGCCUAUCAAAGAGUUGGAGACACUCAAAUUUUACGGACCCAACGCCCCCGGUGUCAAAGAAACGUUCCUUCCGGUCCGUUUUACUCGACCUUACUACGAUUGUGGAGCUAGCAAUCGCUGGAUCGUCAGCUCGGUCGCAGCCUUAAGUGAUUAUAUGCCCCGCUAUUCCAAUAUAACGCGUUUACGUGGACCACGCAUGGUCGGGAUUAUAGUACAAAGCAUAGACUUCUACCGCAUUGACUUCAAUCCAUGUCCACCGGGUCUUGGCAAUCCGAAUCACUUUCUGGCCAACAUUGCCAGGUGCAAACCCACCACACUAUGCGUACCGUUACCAGGCUUCGGUUUUCGACGCGGUGGCUAUGAGUGUGUGUGCCAACCUGGACAUCGGCUUCCUGCCGGACAGAACGGUCCGUUCCGUGGGAUAGACAUUGAGAUAGCUACUGAAGAGGAAUACCAGAACGGAUUCGACUGCCUCCCAGUAGGCUGGCGGGAGGUGAUACCGGAGGAGACAGGAUUGAAAGAAAAUACUGAAUCCAGAUUGGUGUCGAGCAGUGUUCAGUCAGACUACCUAGACACAUUACAGGGUCAAAGGGGCGCCAAAGCUUCGGGUGGUGUUGAGCAAGAGGGACAGACCAUAUUUGUUCCGACAACCUAUGGACCCGACGGCUUGCCAGAAGUAAUCACUAAUUCCAGGCAGCCUGAAUCCCCCGAUUCUGGACCUUCAAACUUGAAACCAGUUAUCAAUUUGCCCCUUAAUGGCACUGUACCGGGUUAUCGUUCGCUGCCCCACUUGCUGCCAUUUGGCUUGGAGGAUUUCAACGUGACAUCUCCAGAAAACACAGAGAUUCCGGGUGUUCAGAAUAUCAUUCCAGCUACCGUGGUACAUAGCAACUUUACAUCAGAACAGCGUCGACUUUCUAGGAAAAAGCGUCAAAGACCAGCACCAUUUUAUACUGUUGGUGAGGGGACUGUGUUCAACGAGGAUCGAUUCAUGGAGACUGGCUUUCCGCUCAACCGGUAUGAAUUGUUUGGAGAAGUGCUGUCAAAUGUGUUAUCCGAUUUCGACAUUGUCUCCAGUGGAAUCUUCUUUGACUAUCAAAUGUUUACCGAUCAUGAUCAAGUCACUUGGGAUCUAUUCGCACCGUACGCCUACAAGCCAGUUGGAAGUACACAGGCUGUUGAAGCCAUCGACAUGAGCAUCAAGCAGUUUCGUGACUACACGGAGAAACCAUGGUUUCGAGCGCUCAAGGAUCGCUGGGCUUCCAGUCGCUAUGGUCUCGAACGAAUCACCACGAAACCACACAUUCGUAGCGACGUCAACGGGACGCAAAUCCAGCGUUACUUCAACUUCCCCAUAUACUAUCGCGUGCCUCAUUACGAAGAUGGAUACUGGACGCACCCCUAUUUCGACUGCGAUGGGAUGGUAAAAGACUGGCUCAUUACAUAUGCGGCGCCGUUCUUCGGUGUCCUUGGCGAGGAACGAGCGUUGCGCUUUAUCAUUCAUAUUGACGUGCUGCUUGAAACUUUUCUACCUGCCCCUGGAACCUCGGGGGUCGAAAUGCACCUCACAGACACGUAUACGGAAAAUAUUGCUCUCCUCGGUUCAGAUCCUUCAAGAAUGCAAACCAUUUCAAAUGACCUAAGUGACUCUACCGCACUGUUUGAUAUACGCUUCACACCUCCAAAGUGUGAAGUGUUGCUACAAGACAGGAUGGAAUCAAACCCAAAUCUCAUGCUUACGGCCGAAUCAAUUGACUUGGUAGAUAAAUUUGUUUACCUGGGCAGUUGUAUAGGUUCCGGUGGAGUGGCCUAG